UUCGAAAAUAGUUACAAAAUUUUCAUCGAAGUGAGUGGAACGCCGCAGCGGUAAACGGAAUCGGCAUCGGAAUCGGACUCGGAUUCGGUCGCAUGGACUCUUGAGCAGCCGGAGAAGCUCGCUCCGAAAUCGCUGAAAACUAAAGCACAAUCGCGUUCUUCGUGGAAACGCCAGCACAAAAACAGCCCACAGCACUACAAAUCAAAUCAAAUCAAAACAACGUAAAUUCCCAUUUAUUCAUCUGCGAAUGGGUACACCAAGUCCAAUUCUUCAAGCCAAAAAAACGCAGUGAAACAAGAAGUGCAUGCGGUUUUCCUGUUCGUGGAGCUAUUGUUAUUUUUAAAUUGCUGACCGCAGAAUAUUUGUACUGCUAUAAAUAGACGGCAACACACAAAAAGAGAUGCCGCCGAAACAAAAAUAAACCAAAAGCCCAAAGGGUAAAAACUCGAAAGUGCCAAAACAAACAAGAAUUUCACUUAGAAGAAGUGCGUGUUCUAUAAAUAUACAAAUACAAAACCGCAACAAAGUAGCAACUAGGAAUAUUUUGCAAUACAACACAAAUCACAACACAAAACUGCAUUUUGUUGAAUAUUCAAUCUGGAAAAGCCAAGUGUCAAAGUGUAGUGCAAAAAUAUUUAUAAAUCUCUGCCAAAACAUUAACAACCGAGGAAGAGAAGAGAAUUCUACUCACAUUUUGUGCAUUUCAAAAAGACUUUCGAUUUUUAGAAUACAAAACAAACAGAAAACAAAAGGGGAAUCCGUUAGUUCCGCAUUAAAGUGUUAAAAUAAAUUAAGUCUUGGAUACUCCGUGAACUUAGCAUUUUGGAAUACUUCAACGCCAUUUUGGAUAACCGUGCUCGUGAAUUCUGCAUAUAUUGCCAAUCGAUCUGAAGAGCAGAAGGAAAUAAUUUCACAAAGUUGACAUGUUCAAAGCCAACGUGGAACGCUCAUUUUGCAUAUUGCAUUGGCAUUGAUUUCUUUCGUGCACACAUGUGUGUGAACCGGGACCUCCUGCAACAACUUGUCGCCGUUCAACUGCAAAUUUGCACGGCUGUCGCCCAGAGGAGCAGACGGAGAAGGACAGCUUACUUGCACACGUUUGCCAGCAGGAAUUUAAUAAGAAAAAAUGCUGCCAGCAACGUGACAGAAGUGGAAAUAGGGAAAAUCAAGAAAAUUGAAGGGGAAUUCCUCUUAAAGCAACUGUCAGACGAAUAACCGCAAAUGCAGUUUAAUAUUAAUCAAAUUGCAGAGCAAUUAACCAGCAAAAAGGAAUCAGAAAGUGCGGUGGUAAUACAGGAGAUGCCGCAAUUAAUAAUGAAUAACACGCAAAACAAGGGACCUGGACGGGGAGACUUACUUCAGCCAAAAUGUCAAGACUGCAACUACAAACAAGGUUGCCACUGGCGAAGACAACUCAAUUAACCUCGACCUUCUCCUUACAACAACACCAAUAAUAACGAUGACAACUUGCUGACGUCAGGCAACUGCAGCCGUCUCUCUAUCUCUGUCCCCCAGCCAUCUCACUUGCUCGCUCGCGUCGCAGCUUUUUAGUUUUUCAAUGCCGAACGGUGGACAUCGUGGGCAAGUCGUCGCUUUAAUUUGAAUUCCAGUUGACCAUCGCCAAUAGCGCAAUAAAAUGCAUGAACUGAACCGAAAAAAUAGGGUGUAAAACUAUGUUGACCACUAGCCAGUCUUGAGGGAGUUGCCAGGACACCAUUCAACAAGCAGCACCAUGGACCUGCCGUCAAUGGUGCAGCGUUCGGGUGACACGCUCAUCGUGCGCAGCGUGGUCAGCGGCAAUCAGCUGUACACGGAGCAGGGUGGCCACCAUCCUGCCGGCAACACCGGCAACACGGGACACAUGCCGAGCAACUCCAGCAGCAACACGGCAGCAACACAAGCGGGCUCAUCGCUCCUGGAGCGACAUGUGGAGCGUUACCGUCUGCAGCAAUUGCUGCAGCAGCAGCAACAAGCGGCCGCAGCCGUUGCAGUUGUUAACAGCGUGCAGCAGCAGCAACAGCAACAGCAGCAGCAGCAACAGCAGCAACAGCAUCAGCAACAGCAGGCCGUCAUCGGCAUGGACGCCAAGGAGGAGGGCCUGCCGCAGUGCAAGAUCAAGCGGAACUACAGCUGCAACCACUGUGCGUACUUCACGCAGAACCCGCGCUACCACUUGACCCACCUGCGCGACGUGCACGGCGAGAAGAUCGUGAUCAACAAGUGCAAGCUGUGCCUGUACGCCUCGCGUCACUUCCAGAAGCUGGUGCGGCACAUGAAGAUGGUGCACGGCUGCACGGACGGCAUUCCCAGUGGCCAUGGCCAGGCCCGUGGCAAGCGGGGCAUGAGCCGGGAGGCACGCAAACGGCGGCUGGAGGAGAGCGUCGGGGUGAUGGGCGGCCAGAGCCUGACGGUGGCCGUGCCGGAUGUGCCCACCCUGGAGCAGGUGAAGCGGGAGCUGCUGCUGCAGGAGGAGAAGCUGCAGCGCGACAUACAGGCCUUCAAUCAGCGGCAACGGGAGGAGCAGCAGCGCGAGCAGCGCGAACUGGAACUGGUGGCCACCAGUGCGUAUGAGCGACAGAUUCAAGUGCUGCGCGACUACGAGCGCCAGUCGCCGGCCGAACCGCCCACUCCCUCGCCCACCAGCGGCUCGGCCACGCCCCCGAACGGGGAGGAGCCGCAGAACCGGCUGCUCAAGUGCAGCGCCUGCGAGUUCACCACCCUCUACAGAACCCAGUUGCGCGCCCACGAGCUGGCCGAGCACGGCAAGACGAAGUUCUUCCGCUGCGACAAGUGCAGCUAUGUGACCCACAUCAAGGCACGGUUCAGCAAACACGUCAAGUACCACUCCAUGCCGAUGAUCAAGUGCGUGACCUGCGACUUCCGCACGCCCUACAAGUGGAAUCUGGACCGGCAUAUGAAGAACCACGGCGGCGCGGGUGCCUUCAAGUGUGCCGCCUGCGAUUUCACCGCCGACAUUAAGCAAUCGUUGACGGUGCACGAGAUGAACCACCAUGUCCCACCGGUGGGCAAUGCCGGCUCCAUUUGGCCCAGGCGCCAGAAUAAGGUCGGCGCCAGUGAGAUGUGCGACGAUUUCCUCAGCGACUCGGCCGAGCUGGAGGACCAGUACAAUAACAACAAUGUGGACGAUGAGCUCGACGGCGUCGAGGAUCCAGACGAGGCCAUGAGCGGCGGCGAGGAGCAGCAUCAGUUGGCGCUGCAUCACUACGGCAAGCGGAGCAAGUACGACGAGGAGGAGGAGCCCACGGAUCUGUCGCAGAAGGGCGGCUGCUCCUCGGACACAUCGAGUGUGGGCACCACCACGCCCAGGGCCCAGCGACCAGUUCCCAAUCUCAUCCCAAUCAGCAAGGGAGCCAAAGACGUAUUGAACCUGUCCAAGGAGACGAAUGCCUCGCGCAGCUCCCUGACGGAGAUUGCGUCCAUGUUCUUCAACGAGAAGCAGAUUUCCGAGAUGCUUGACAAGUCGGAUGUGCCCCAAUUGUCGCCGGCGACGACAGUCGCGUCCCAGAACUCCACGCGCAGCCUGAUGACCAAGAAGACCAGCUUCCUGGACAAGCUGAAGGCGGGGGCGCAGCACGAGAACCUGGUGUGCCAGUGCGGCCACGUGGCCAAGUGCCUUUCGGAGUCGAUCAUUCACGGCAAGAGCUGCCACGCCUCGGCGGUGAUCAUUGACGACGAUGACGCCGGGCUGCACGAGGACGAUGCCGACGACCGGCUGGAGAUCGACGAGGACGACGAGGACCACCACUCCCAUUCGGCGCUGAAUCUCAGUGUGACGGGCUCCACCCGCUGCCAGCAUUGUCGCCACCGCUGCAAGUCCUCCACGGACCUGCUGCACCACCUGAAGCAGUGCGUCGAGGCGAUCCGUUGCGCCAACGAGAUGUACGACUCGAACUCCGGGGAGAGCGGAUCGGAUCGGCGGCCGGACGCGCACAGCCUGCAGCAACAGGCGGCGGUGCAGCAGCAGAGGGUGUGCAUCUGGAACAAGGCCACCAAGGAGAUCGUCGCCGCCGCAGCCGCUGCAUCCUGCAUCCAGCAGGAGAACAGCGGCCACAGCCUGGUCAAGUCCCCGGCCGGAAGUCAGGCGGCUAGCAACGAGGAGAACAGCUACUACGGCGUGGAAACGGCUCCCGGCUACGGCGAGGUAACCAAAAAGAUGACGCCCGAGGAGGAGGCAGCCAACUCGUCCCUGAAGAAGGUGUACAAGUGUCCGCACUGCAGCUUCUGGGCCUCGACGGCGUCCCGCUUCCACGUGCACAUCGUGGGCCAUUUGAACAAGAAGCCCUUUGAGUGCUCCCUCUGCUCGUACCGCUCCAACUGGCGCUGGGACAUCACCAAGCACAUCCGCUUGAAGACCAUUCGCGAUCCCUCGCACAAGACGGCCAAGGUGCUGAUGAACGACGAGACGGGCCGCCGCAACUACACCAAGUACAACAAGUACAUCACCCUGAUGAAGGUCACCGAGGAGGAUGGCGACCCCAAGCUGAUGAAGUCCGGCGAGAUGACCCCCAACCAGGUGGCCUCGCUGGCCUUCCUCAAGGACUACGCCAAGGUGGGCUCUGUUUCCGGGCAGGACAUUACCCUGGAGCCGGUGCUGCCCAGCAAGCCGAAUGUCCUGGACGAUGCCCAUCUGGCGGACAACCUCAUCCGCAUACCGCUCUUGGCCACCAUGAUGAACGCCGCCAUGGCCCAGCAGCAACACCAGCAGCAUCAGCAGCAGCAGAAGGAGCACCAGUCCACGAUGAUCACGCCAUCGGUGACCAUUUCGCCGGUGAAGCGAGCAGGCCAGGGAUCGGGUUCGGUGUUGCAGGGCAAGCCCAGCGAUGAUCUGAUCACCGAGGUGCACCAGGAGGGCAACGAGAAGAGGACGGUCUACCGCUGCCGCAAGUGCAACUUUGGCCACCAGAACCGUGAUGCAGUGCUGGCCCACGUGAAGAUCCACUACCAGGACGCCAGCUACCCGAAGUCCAACUCCGGCGCCGCCGCCGCCGGCACCUCACCGCUGCAGGUUUCCGUGGGCGGAAAUCCGCAGUUCUACAUGAACAAGGUCUUUGCCGCCAUGUGCCUGUCGCAGUCGUCGCCCAACUCCGGUUCGACAGGUACGAGUCCGGCCAUCUCGGCCGGACUGCUGCAGCGGGCCAUCCAGGAGGCGCAGCACUCGCCCACGCCCAGCGCCAGCGCUCUGAGCGGACUUGCUUUGGCGUUGGCGGGCGGAAAGCCACAAGCCAAUACGACGAAAGCCAGUGCCGCCUCCAUUUUAGAGCACGGUGAGCAGAAAGCGAGUCAAAACGAGGCAAGUGCCGACAGUCUGACGUCGCCGAACACCACCACCACCAGCAGCAGUCGAACCACCACCAAAGUCACCACCACCACAACCACUAGCACCACCAAAGACACAACCAGAUCGCUGCAGGAUCUGCUCACCUCACCGCGCAGUGCCAGAAAUGGAAACCAUCUCUCUAAUGCUAACAGUAACUCGGUUGUGGGAAAUGGACUCCGGCAGGAUGCCGUCUACGUCGCCUCAUCCAACACCACACCACCACUACAACCACCACCUUCCAACUCAGUCAGCAAGCCCAAUGCAUCGCCUUUGCCAGUAACUACCACUCCUACUCCUAUUUCUACUGCCACACCAGCUCUUUCAAAGUCCCUGGCUCAUCAACUGGGUGCGGGUAACCACCACAGCUCAUCCUCAUCCCCAUUCUCAUCCCAUCACCAUCAGCAACAGCAACAUAAUGACCAUCCACUCAUGGCCGGUGAUGGUUACCACCUGGCAGCGGGUUUAACCCAUGCCCACUCCAUAAGCACUAACCCAAAAGCCAAACCCAACUCCAACUCCAACUCCUUUCCCUCGUCAUCGUCGUCGUCGUCGUCGUCUUCGUCAUCGUCGUCAUCUUCGGUGGCCUCCACCUCAUCGGCCGUUGGCUCCUCGUCCUCGUCUUCGUCGCCGCCGCCUCCGCCAGCCUCCUCCUCCUACCUGGCUGCGAUGGCGCCCCAGCAGCAGCAGCAGCAACAGGUGCCGCCUGCCGUGCCGAUGCCCCAUCCGCAGACGAGAUUCCAUAGCCAAAGCCAUAGUCCAGGUAGUCCCAGCAUCCUCACCAUGGCCGAUGGCGAUCGACGCGACCCGUCGCCCUAUCGCUGCGGCCACUGCCACCAGGUCUCGAAUUGGAAGCAUGUCAUCCAGCGGCAUUGUCGCUUAAAGCAUUCCGGGGAUAUUCGGAUCGAGACCCUUGAGCGCGGAGCCAGUGCCUCGGCGAAUGCACCACCCAUCUAUCGACCAUUGGGAGCAGGUGCCAGCAACGAGUCCCAGUCCCACAUCCCCACCAGCAACAUCCUGAAGCCCGGCCAACCAAGCAACUCGAAUGCCAGCAACAGCAGCAACAAUGCCCAACUGCUGAUGACCACCAAGCAGCUGGAGCAGCUCCUCCACUCCCCGCUCUCGGCCAGCGCCGCUGCGGUGGUGAAUGCGGCCAACACCCAGCAGGAUCUCCAGGCGGCGGCGGCCUAUUGGGCCGCAGCCUGCAAGGCGGUGGUGGCCAGCAGCAGCACCAGUGCCGAGGAGUUGCUCCAGCUGCAGCAGAACGACCAGAUCGAGAUCACCCGCCUGCCUUCGACGGCGGAGCACCACGGUGGCAACAACACCAAGAGCAAGCAGCAAAAGUGCCCGGUGUGUCCGUACAUCUCGGAGAGCAAGUCGCAGAUGAACUACCACGUGUCGCUGCACAAGCCCACGCAGUACGAGUGCCGGCUGUGCACCUUUGUGUGUGCCAAGAAGCAGCACUUGAGCAGCCACAUGCGCAGUGUUCACCACCAGCAGAUGGCUUCAUCCGGAGCAGGAGCAGGAGGAGUCGGAGCAGGAUCAUCUGGAGCUCAGGGCAGCCCCUCUCUGGGACUGGACUUCAGUGUGGCCCUCCAGUUGGCCGCUGCCGCCAAGCAGGUGCAACAACUGCCCGCCUCCACGCCACUGUCCAUCGAUCUGUCCCAGCUGCAGCUGGAUGCCGCCACGGACGCGGAGCUCAAUCCACAGCAACUGCCGCCGGAAUACCAGUACAAGCUGAUCAGCUACUGUCCCAGGUGUCCGGCCCGGUUUGCCCAGAAGCACAAUGACGAGCGCAAUGCCAAACAGCAGCUGGAGCAGCACCUGCUGGCCCACAGCGACCAGGAGCCGGAGGAUCAGGGCUACGUGUGCGCCUACUGCGAGUAUCGCACUGGCGAGGAGACCAUGCUCCAGCUGCACCGAGCCGUCCACAUGUCGCACUACCAGGAGAAGUGCCAGCAGCUGUACAAGAACUGCAAGGAGGACGUCGACUUCCCGGCCCCCAAGCUGCUGCAGCUGACCGGUCCGGAGACCAUCUGGGUGGUGGACAAUGAGCUCAGCCUGCAGCUCAUGCAGCAGACCAGUGGCGGUGCUGGCGGUGGCGUGAGCUCCUCCUCAGCCGGCAGCUACGAUAAUCAAAACUCGCUGCUCAAGAAGCAGCUGGAAUCGGGCGGUGGCCAGGUAGUGAUCACUCCGUCAGUGGCCAAAAACGAAGGACCAGAGGAGGACGAGGAACGACAUAGCAGCUCCACGCCGUCGACCAGCGCCUCGGUGGCCACCAGUGACUUGGCAGCGGAUGCCAGCAGCGAUGCUGGGUCCGUGGACAUGCCCAGGUCAGUGCCGGCACCCGAACGCUGCCUCCACUGCCCCUUCGAGACGCAGCAGCACGAGGAGCUGCUGCAGCAUCUCCAGAAGCAUGCCUGCGUGGCCACGCCCAUGCCCGGUUGCCAGCAGUGCGCCCACUGUGACUACAGUGCCAACGAGGAGGCCGAAAUGGAGGAGCACACGGCCGUGCAUUUCAAUGCCGGUGAGAAGUUGAAGUCCGUGGAGUUCUACACCUGCUACGAUCAGCUCGAGAUAAGUGUGGAGCGGGAGCGGGAGCAGGAGCUGGAGGAGAACAGCGCCUCCAAGGAGCAGCAGCAGACCGAGCACAACAACAACCAGGACAAUGUGAUGAACGCCAAUGUGCUGCUGGAGCCGCAGCAAAUCAGUCCAGAUGAAGAGGCAGCAACAGCAGCAGCAGGAGCAGUCGAGGAGUUCGAGGAACCGCCGGCCAAGAAGGCCAGCACCAAGCUGAUUCUGUACAAGAACGAGGGCGGCUUGAGUGUGAAGCCAUCCUCUUCGCAGGAAGAAGGCACACACCUGGAGUCGCAGAAAACACAGAGCGAGAACAUCAGCGAUCGCCUCCGCCGCAGGAUCCUUCGAGGAGGAGGAGCAGGAGGAGCAGGAGGAGGAGGAGGUGGCAACCAGCCGGACGAAUCGCAGGCCCAGGAACGAGCCACAACACCGGACAAAAUGAUACUGGUCAAUGCCAGGACUGGCAAAGUCAUUUCCAAAAAGUAGACCUCCCCACAGGUCAAAUCUUUUAUUAUGUUUAAACACAUUACACCUAAGUUUACCUUAUGCAUCUAGUGAGUUAAGUGAGUUAAGUGAGUUUUGGUUUUGUUAAUACUUUUUGUUGUUGCUUAUGUUUUCUAUUUUUUUUGGGGUACGAUUUACUGGAGUUUGGGAUUCGUUUCGUUUAAGGCACCUUUCAAAGAUUUCUAUUGUCACUAACACACAACCCACAUAUACACACCUAGUUGGAACAUGUUCCUGCACUUAAAUUUUGUUUAGUUAGUUACGUAUCCAUAAUUUAUCAAAUCAAAAAAAAAAAAUUCGAAUACUUUACCCCGAAUUCUUACUGUAUUUAAUUGAUAGAACGGUGCAAAUGUAAUUUAAACUAAUUGUAAUGUAAAUUAUCAGAGAGAAAACUAUAAGCUAUAUAUUAAAAUAUAUAUAUUUACCAUUGGCUAAAUAACUAAAAUGUAACAAAAAGACCCAACCAAGCAGAGCAAGAUCCAAAAGCGUUUCAAAGAAAUCGAGUUUGUAUAGAAGUUAAAAAAGAUAAAUUCAAAAUUAAGUCUUGCUACAAUUAAUUCGUUUAAUUUUUCUAAUGGGAACUGUGAUUAUUGAUAAUUGUAAAUGCAAAAAAAAACUGUAAAAAAAAGAAAAACAAAAAGAGGUGAGCGCGUAUAUCAUGCAAUGAAUAUGGUACUAUAUACAUACUAUAUAAAUCUAUAAAUAUAUAUAUUUACACACAGCUGCUGCGAGAACAAACACACUUUAAAUGCAAUUCAAAAAUCAACAGAGAAUAGGGAAAUUUUUGCAAUAUUUGCAAUAUUAUUUUGUACAAGUGCAGCACACGGUUAAAAUUAAUUAUUAGUUUAUAGUUCUACUACGGAAUAGUUAUGUUCUUAUCAUUACUACGAUUGUUUGGCAACAAACAACGUAUUUAUAGCACAGUGUAAGCGUAAACACUACAAACAAAAUGUUAUCAUAAACUGUAAGCAAACGAAAAGAACACAUGUGGAAUAGCGGGGCCAUAUUUAAAUAGUUUAAACUUUAAAGCAAAGAAACAUUUAAACAAAGCAAAUCAAAACAAAAGAUAACGCAAACAAGCGAUACGUAUACAGAAACUUACUUGGAUAUAACUGCAACCGCCUUUGAUAUGCAUAUAUACAUCUAAUAUCGUUACCGAUAUCUAUACACACAAUAAAUAUUAGUUAUUAAAUAGUCUUUAGCAGUGAACUACAUUUAAACUUAAAAUUAGUGUAAAUAACUUAGUUUUCUUUACUACGCACACAGAUACACACCACACUUACACACACACACACCAACAGACACGAAGAUUUACGGCAUUAAAUUACAACAGAAAAAAAUGUACAAAAAACAAUUGUUAAUAAAGAAAUCAAAUAAAAAAUACACAAGUUGCA